UUUCAUGUCUGAAAGACGAGGUGGGAGUGGGAGGGGUAGAAGAGGUGAGAAUCUGUGAGGGAAUAGAGCUCGAACCCAGAGAGAAAUAGAGAUGUUUCGUAGGUAGAAAGCAGCAAGGUCUAGGUUUACUGUUUUCUGUUACAACAUUAAAUUCAUCGAAUCCCUUUCCAGCUUUGAGUUUUUAUAUCUUGAAUUCAAGGGGAAGCGUGAAAGGGGUGGUGUGUAAGAAUUAAGAUCUGCUGUUCAAGUUAAAUAAGAGAAGCAAGACCAGAGAGAGAGAGAGAGAGAGAGAGCAAACAAAAAUGGAUGUGGGUCAGUUGCAGAGAAGGUUGGUUGACUACACAGCGUCCUUAUUUCGUGAGGGAUUUCUUGAUGAUCAAUUCACCCAGCUUCAGCAACUGCAAGACGAGAGCAACCCUGAUUUCGUUUUUGAAGUCGUCUCUCUCUUCUUUGACGAUUCUGAGAAGCUUCUCAAUGAUUUGACCAUAGCUCUAGAACAGCCGGGUGUAGAUCUCAAGAGGGUCGAUGCCCAUGUUCACCAGUUGAAGGGUAGCAGCUCUAGCAUAGGUGCACAGAGAGUCAAAAAUGUGUGCAUUGCCUUUCGAAACUUUUGUGAGGAACAGAAUAUUGAAGGGUGUGUGAGAUGCCUGCAACAAGUGAAACAUGAAUAUGCUCUUGUGAAGAACAAGCUUGAAACUCUAUUCAGGCUUGAGCAACAGGUCUUGGCAGCUGGUGGGUCAGUUACGAUGAUGGAAUGAGUAAUGGCAACCGGCAAGGCCAAUGGAUGGUGGAUGGUAGUGAGAAGCUUUGUACGUUUUUUUUGUUUUUUUGGUAGUUGGAGAAUGCAAGCUACUUCAUCAGUUACUGAAGUUCUCCUUUUUAGCUGUUUUAAGCUGUUGGUUGUAUGGGUUGGGAUUGCUAAGCAUGAGUCGUGUGACUCAUGAACAAGGAGAGAAUAUGAAUAAGACAUUCUGUCUCUUUUGCCAUCAGAAUUCAGGCUCACGGCCGACUACUCUCAUCAUUUCCAAGCUAAAAUCUUUACUGAAUUUUCUGUUGCUCAAAAUGGUCUACUUAGUUGAUCUGCCCUGAUUCACACUGUGUCAUCGGUUAUGGAUGGAACUUGGGGGCAUAAUCAAGCAUUCUGGGUUCAAUUUCCAGCUUACCAAAAAGCAAACAAACAAUUAGCAAGGGAUGAAGAACAAAAUCUAAGGUCCUUGUCUGGUGGAUGUAGAUGUGAUAGAUUUUAAGUGACUGGUCGGUUGGCAAUUGGUCCAUUUUCCAAGCAUGUUAUCUUCUGUCUUAGCUCAUUGAAAGGUUAUAGGUUCAGAGUCCAAUCAAUUCACGGAACCAAAUUUGUCAUUUAUAUGUGUAUAUUCAUUCAGAGAUGUGAUUAAUGAUUC